CAAAUGAAGGCUCUUGCUUUGUUAUUAGGACACAAUCCCCAAACCACGUUUAAAAAGAAUCACUUCAUGCAAACCCCAUAAGCUAUCCUUUCCUCAUCUCCAUCUUCCAAAUAAAUAACCUUCCACCUUCAUAAUUUUCCUAUCAUCAUCAUAAAUUCAUAAUCAUGUCUUUGAGUCCUCCAAGAGAAAGAAUCAACGGCCAACGUAGAAACUUCCAACUCUACUGGUGCUUCCAAUGCAACCGCACCGUCCGUGUCGCACCAUAUAACACCUCCGAAUUAAUAUGUCCACGCUGCUUCGGUCAAUUCAUAUGUGAAAUCAACAUACCAAGACCACGACUAGUGGUUGACUUCACCGCACACGAUCCUUCCCCAGAAGCGCGUUUGUUAGAAGCACUUUCCCUAAUGCUCGAUCCACCCAUCCGUCGCUUUAACACUGAAACCCAAACAGGACGCCCACGUCGUGGGCGUCCCACACAACAAGUUCCUGUACACCGUCACACAGGAGAUCAUCACCAUCCUACACAAACACAACCCGAACCCGAACCCGAAAUCCAACAUCGUCCACGUACAUGGGUAAUUCUUCAACCAAUUGAUCCAUCAAAUUCAAACACGUUCCAACCGGUGAUUACACGUGGACGACAAGGACCGAUUCCACGUGGCAUUGAUGCUAGAGAUUACUUUUUUGGUCCGGGAUUUAACGAACUAAUAGAUCAGAUAACAGAAAACGACCGGCAAGGACCACCACCGGUGCCAGAAAGAGGUAUAAACGCGAUUCCGACGGUGAAAAUCGAAAGCAAAAAUCUGAAAGAGAAUUCGCAUUGUCCUGUUUGUCAAGAAGAGUUUGAAAUCGGCGGUGAAGCGAGGGAACUUCAGUGUAAACAUAUAUAUCAUUCUGAUUGUAUUGUUCCAUGGCUUAGACUUCAUAAUUCUUGUCCAAUUUGCCGUCAAGAGAUUACUGUUUCUUCUGAUGAAGAUGAGUGUGGUGAAGGUGAUGGUGAAGGUAGGUUACGCAGGUGUUUGAGGUGGACUCGUCUUUCUUCUCUUUGGCCUUUUCAAGGAAGGUAUCGGAGAGUUCAUCCUCAAAGAGAUAAUGGUUCUGCUUCUUCUUCAACAAUAAGGGAUUCUAAUCCAAGGCGGCACUCUUGUUGCAUUCUUUAAUCCCUCCAAUGAUUUACUUCAUCUUGAAGCUCAGUGUUGUUGAUUAGGAUUUGCAGCAGACAAGUUGUCGUAGUUACAAGAAUGCAUUUUGCAGGAGUAAAAUGAUCUUGCCUUUUCGAGUUCCAAUCAAGUUAAGAAUCAACUACAUCCUCAAAAGCUUCCAAUGAAGUUAGAGUUAGACAUCCCUGUAAAACAAUUGUUUGUUGUUGUAAAUAAUGUUUCUCAUUAAUUUCAUAGAGACACCAUUUAUUUGUUUACCUAACUACAGGGAUAUCUAAAAAUGCUUAUUGUUUAACAAACACAAGGAAUGGUGUGAGUGUACAUGU